GCGGGGGGUCCAGGCGGACUGGCUGUUGCCGUGGAGACGCCUGAGGAGUUCCUGGAGGCCCCCGGUAGGGGCGGGGUUCUUCUGACCCGGGGACAGGGGCGCGAGCACCAGGGGCUUCUGGCCGAGGGCAGCACCGCUGGGGACGCCGAGGCCAACGCGCGUGGGCCCCUUGCCGGCCCUCCCAGCUGCCCGGGGCCUCCUCCCGGCGAGGCCGGGCUACAGCCUCGUGGGUGCUUCUCCAUGACAGCCGCGGCCACCAUUGAUUCUUUGCUGCCGGCUGUAAAGCCCGGCGCCGGCCUUCCACCUCCCGGAGCGGCCGUGCGAGGCCAGAACCCCCGCAUCUCUGCUGCUCCCUCCGGCCUCUGAUUCUACUUCCUGCAGUGUGACCCUCUAUCCCCACAACCACAGCGCCUCGCCACAGCAUUAUUGAGACAUGCUCCACAUAACACUCUGCUCUCCCAGGAGACUUGUGGACUGGCACAGCCCCUGCCAGUGAGGGGAAGCAGCGCUCUGCAGUACUCGGCACUCAGCACUCAGCACUCUGAGAAUGAUUCGAAUUGCAGCCUUGAAUGCCAGCUCCACAGUUGAGGAUGAUCAUGAAGGAAGUUUUAAAAGUCACAAAACCCAGACGAAGGAGGCCCAGGAAGCAGAGGCUUUUGCCUUGUAUCACAAGGCCUUGGAUCUGCAGAAACAUGACCGGUUUGAGGAGUCUGCCAAAGCCUACCAUGAACUCCUGGAGGCACGUCUGCUGCGUGAGGCAGUUUCGUCUGGCGAUGAGAAAGAGGGGUUGAAGCAUCCGGGGCUGAUGUUGAAAUACUCCACGUAUAAGAAUCUGGCCCAGCUGGCAGCACAGCGGGAGGACCUGGAGACAGCCAUGGAAUUCUACUUGGAGGCCGUCAUGCUGGACUCCACCGAUGUCAACCUUUGGUACAAAAUUGGCCAUGUGGCCCUGAGGCUCAUCCGAGUGCCCCUGGCUCGCCAUGCUUUUGAGGAAGGACUGCGGUGCAAUCCCGACCACUGGCCCUGCUUGGACAACCUCAUCACAGUCCUGUACACCCUCAGUGAUUAUACCACCUGUCUGUAUUUUAUCUGCAAAGCUCUGGAGAAGGAUUGCAGAUACAGCAAAGGGCUGGUCCUCAAGGAGAAGAUCUUCGAGGAGCAGCCUUGCCUCCGGAAGGACUCACUCCGGAUGUUCCUCAAGUGUGACAUGUCCAUCCACGAUGUGUCGGUGAGUGCGGCUGAGACUCAGGCCAUUGUGGACGAGGCUCUGGGGCUGCGCAAGAAGAGGCAGGCACUGACCGUCCGAGAGAAGGAGCCGGACCUGAAGCUGGUGCAGCCCAUCCCCUUCUUCACCUGGAAGUGCCUUGGAGAGAGUUUGUUGGCCAUGUACAACCACCUCACCACAUGCGAGCCCCCGCGGCCCAGCCUUGGCCGGCGCAUUGACCUGUCCGACUAUCAGGACCCCAGCCAGCCAGUGGUCUCCUCGGUGGCGGUGGCGCCUGUCAGAGUGGUCCAGCCGAGUCCUGUCAGUGCCAACCCGGCUGUGACUGUGGUGGAACCCGUGCUCUCCUACACCCCCGUAGCCACGGCCGGCUUCCCGCUGCAUAGUGCCAGCCUGCUGGAGACCGGCAUUCCCUCUGGUGACGUUUCCGGGGGAGAUAAAUCCAAGAAAGGAGUGAAGCGGAAGAAGAUUUCAGAAGAGAGUGGAGAGACAGCAAAGAGGCGGUCGGCCCGGGUCCGAAACACCAAGUGUAAGAAAGAGGAGAAGGUGGAUUUCCAGGAGCUCCUGAUGAAGUUUUUGCCGUCCAGGCUGAGAAAGUUGGAUCCCGAGGAGGAAGAGGACCCCUUCAACAACUACGAAGUCCAGUCAGAAGCCAAACUGGAGAGCUUCCCGAGCAUCGGCUCGCACAGACUGUCUUUCGACUCGGCCACGUUCAUGGAAUCUGAGAAGCAGGACGUGCACGCGUUCCUGCUGGAGAAUCUGACGAACGGGGGCAUCCUGGAGCUGAUGAUGCGCUACCUGAAGGGCAUGGGCCACAAGUUCCUGUUGGCGUGGCCCCCAGGCCUGGCGGAGGUUGUGCUCAGCAUCUACCACAGCUGGAGGCGGCACAGCACCAGCCUGCCCAACCCACUGCUGAGGGACUGCAGCAACAGACACAUCAAGGAUAUGAUGCUGAUGUCUCUUUCCUGCAUGGAGCUCCAGCUGGACCAGUGGCUGCUGACCAAAGGCAGAAGCCCUACAGUGUCUCCUCGGAACUGCCCUGCGGGUGUGGUGAAUGGCAGGUUUGGCCCUGAUUUCCCAGGAACACAUUUCCUGGGGGACCUCCUGCAGCUGUCGUUUGCCUCCUCCCAGCGGGACUUGUUUGAGGACGGCUGGUUGGAGUUUGUCGUCCGCGUUUAUUGGUUGAAGGCUCGGUUUCUGGCGCUGCAGGGAGACAUGGAGCAGGCCCUGGAGAACUAUGACAUCUGCACGGAAAUGCUGCAUAGCUCAACAGCCAUCCGGGCAGAGGCUGGGGCAGAGCCGAGGGACAUCGUCAUCCGCCUGCCCAACCUUCAAAAUGACUCCGUUGUGUCUCUGGAGGAGAUUGAUAAGAACUUAAAGUCCCUGGAGCGGUGCCAGUCCCUGGAAGAGAUUCAGCGGCUCUACGAGGCGGGUGACUACAAGGCCGUGGUGCACCUGCUGCGCCCCACCUUGUGCACCAGCGGCUUCGACCGGGCCAAGCACCUGGAGUUCAUGACGUCCAUCCCCGAGCGGCCGGCUCAGCUGCUGCUGCUGCAGGACUCCCUGCUCCGACUCAAGGACUACCGGCAGUGUUUUGAGUGCUCCGACGUGGCCCUGAAUGAGGCGGUGCAGCAGAUGGUGAACGCGAGUGACGCGGCGGCCAAGGAGGAGUGGGUCACGACCGUCACGCAGCUGCUGCUGGGCAUCGAGCAGGCGCUGUCGGCCGGCGGCGGUGGCAGCAUCCUCAAGGAGUCGUCCUCGGCCACAGGCCUGGUCCGGCUCACCAGCAACCUCAUCCAGGUCAUCGACUGCAGCAUGGCGGUGCAGGAGGAGCCCAAGGAGCCCCACGUCUCCUCCGUGCUGCCCUGGAUCAUCCUGCACCGGAUCAUCUGGCAGGAAGAGGACACCUUCCGCUCCCUGUGCCACCAGCAACAGCUUCAGAACCCAGUGGACGAAGUGAUGUCCGAGACGCCCAUGCUCCCGUCCUCUCUCAUGCUGCUCAACACCGCCCACGAGUACCUGGGCAGGAGGUGCUGGUGCUGCAAUUCAGACGGGGCUCUGCUGCGAUUCUACGUGAGGGUGCUCCAGAAGGAGCUGGCUGCAUCUGCCUCUGAGGACACGCACCCCUACAAGGAGGAGCUGGAGACGGCCCUAGAGCAGUGCUUCUACUGCCUGUACAGCUUCCCCAGCAAGAAGAGCAAGGCGCGCUACUUGGAGGAGCACUCUGCCCAGCAGGUGGACCUUAUAUGGGAGGAUGCCCUGUUCAUGUUUGAUUAUUUUAAGCCCAAGACCCUUCCUGAAUUUGAUAGUUACAAGACCAGCACUGUGUCUGCUGACUUGGCCAACCUCUUGAAGAGGAUCGCCACUAUCGUGCCCCGCACGGAGAGGCCAACCCUGAGCCUCGAGAAAGUCUCUGCCUACAUCGAGGGGACCUUGGCUGAGGCGCCCUGCCUCCCGGAAGGGGCCGACCCCUCCCCUCCUGUGGUGAACGAGCUCUACUACCUGCUGGCUGAUUACCACUUCAAGAACAAGGAGCAGUCCAAGGCCAUCAAGUUCUACAUGCACGACAUCUGCAUCUGCCCCAAUCGGUUCGAUUCCUGGGCAGGCAUGGCCCUGGCCCGGGCCAGUCGCAUUCAGGACAAGCUGAACUCCAAUGAGCUCAAGAGUGAUGGGCCCAUCUGGAAGCAUGCCACGCCAGUCCUGAACUGCUUCCGACGUGCCUUGGAGAUCGACAGCUCCAACCUGUCCCUGUGGAUCGAGUACGGCACCAUGUCCUACGCGCUGCACUCGUUUGCCUCGCGCCAGCUGAAGCAGUGGAGAAGCGAGCUACCCCCCGAGGUGGUGCAGCAGAUGGAAGGCCGGCGUGACAGCAUGCUGGAGACCGCCAGGCACUGCUUCACCUCGGCGGCCCGCUGCGAAGGGGACGGGGACGAGGAGGAGUGGCUCAUCCACUACAUGCUGGGCAAGGUGGCCGAGAAGCAGCAGCAGCCGCCCGCCGUCUACCUUCUGCACUACAGGCAGGCCAGCCACUACCUGCACGAGGAGGCCGCCCGCUACCCCAAGAAGAUCCACUACCACAACCCGCCCGAGCUGGCCAUGGAGGCCCUGGAGGUCUACUUCCGGCUCCAUGCGUCCAUCCUGAAGCUCCUGGGGAAGCCAGACUCCGGGGUUGGCGCAGAGGUCCUGGUCAACUUCAUGAAGGAGGCUGCCGAAGGACCCUUUGCCAGGGGCGAGGAGAAGAACACGCCCAAAGCGUCAGAAAAGGAGAAGGCCUGCCUGGUGGACGAGGACUCCCACUCUUCAGCUGGGACACUGCCGGGCCCCGGAGCCUCGCUCCCCUCCUCCUCUGGCCCAGGUCUGACAUCCCCACCUUACACAGCCACUCCGAUUGACCACGAUUACGUCAAAUGUAAAAAACCCCAGCAGCAGGCGACGCCGGACGGUACAGUCCCUGUUCCCCUCUGCAGCCCGGGCGGCACGCCCCCGCGGGAGGGCGCUUCGGGCAGCCAGGCGCUUUGUUUUGAGCGUAGCCAGGACAGCACGGCGGUGGCACUCUCUGACUCCAGCUCGACACAGGACUUCUUUAACGAGCCAGCCAGCUCCCUGGAGGGCCUCCGGAAGCCCUACGCAGAAAAGAGGUUGCCUGUGGCCAGUUCCCAAGCGGGACCUGCCAGCAAAGACCUGCAGGCGGCCUCUGAGGACAGAGGGAAAAUGGACGAGUCCCUGGAGAGCCCAGAAGGCUUCCGGGCCACAGAACAAGGCAGCCAGAGGCCUGGUGCAGACCCCCCAGCCGCUGCCUGCGUCCCUGUCAGGGCCCCAGUGGCUGCACCUACCCAGUGGGAUGGGAGGAAGAGAGGAGACCCCCCAGGGGAGCCCUCGGCAUUCCCGCAGGGGCUGCCCACGGGCGCCGAGGAGCAGCGCCAGUUCCUCACCGAGCAGUGCAUCGCCUCCUUCCGCCUGUGCCUCAGCCGCUUCCCCCAGCACUACAAGAGCCUGUACCGGCUGGCCUUCCUCUACACCUACAGCAAGACCCAUCGGAACCUCCAGUGGGCCCGCGAUGUGUUGCUAGGCAGCGGUAUCCCGUGGCAACAGCUGCGGCACAUGCCGGCACAGGGGCUCUUCUGCGAGAGAAACAAGACCAAUUUCUUCAACGGCAUCUGGCGGAUCCCUGUGGACGAGAUCGACCGGCCGGGCAGCUUCGCCUGGCACAUGAACCGCUCCAUCGUGCUGCUGCUCAAGGUGCUGGCCCAGCUCCGGGACCACAGCACCCUGCUGAAGGUGUCCUCCAUGCUGCAGCGGACCCCGGACCAGGGCAAGAAGUAUUUGCGAGAUGCUGACCGCCAGGUGCUGGCACAGCGGGCCUUCAUCCUCACUGUGAAGGUGCUGGAGGACACGCUGAGCGAGCUCUCCGAGGAAACCGAGCGCCCAGGACCCAAGGCCUGUGGCGGCCCUGGAGCCAGGAUGACCACCGAUGUCUCCCACAAGGCCAGUCCCGAGGAGGGCCAGGAGGGCCUCCCCCAUCCUAAGAAGCCUCCUCUGGCUGAUGGCUUAGGGCCAGGGCCAGAGCCCGGGGGCAAAGUGGGCCCCCUCAACCACCGGCCUGUGGCCACCGAUGCCGGGGACAGCACAGACCAGGGUGGGGAACGGAAGGACAAGGAGAGCCUCCGGGCAGGGCCCACGGAGCCCAUGGACACGGGCGAGGCCACACGGCGCUUGGACACUGAGCGGACACCGUCCCUGGCCACGGGCCGCACCCCACGGGACCGGGGCCCCGAGAACCGGCCCACCGAGCUGUCCCUGGAGGAGCUGAGCAUCAGCUCCCGGCAGCAGCCCAGCGCCCCCGCCCCGUCGCAGCCCGCCCCCGCCGCCACUGCCACCGCCAAGGGGGGCAGCUCCCUCGACGAGGCGCCCCCACGGCCCAGCCGCAAGAGGAAGCUCCUGGAGGACACCGAGUCGGGCAAGACGCUGCUGCUGGAUGCCUACCGCGUGUGGCAGCAAGGACAGAAGGGUGCAGCCUGCGACCUGGGCCGCAUUGAGAGGAUCAUGUCCGAGACCUACAUGCUCAUCAAGCAGGUGGAUGAGGAGGCGGCCCUGGAACAGGCUGUGAAGUUCUGUCAGGUCCACCUUGGAACCGCGGCACAGAGGCAGUCCGCAGGGGACGCGCCCACCACCCCGAAGCACCCCAAGGACAGCCGAGAAAACUUCUUCCCUGCGGCGGCCGCCCCCACAGCCCCUGACCAUGCCCCCGCGGACACCCUCCAGCGGCCCAGCGACCCCCACGCCAAGUCCCGCCCUGCGCCAGCAUCCACUGCCACCACCACCGUCAUCCCCUGCCCCCCGUCCAUGUCCACCUCAACGCCAGACCUGUCCAGGGACUCCGGUCCUCCCCGGCCACCCAGGCCCGAGGCCGCCCCCAAUGUGCCCUGUCUGGGCUCAGGGGAGGAGCUGCCAGGAGGGGCGGAGCCGAGCCCCAGCGAGCAGGUGAAGAUGGCCCCCGAGGGUGCCCCGGCAGAGCUGCACUGCUGGGUGGCGGAGGCGGGCGCCGAGCCCACCUGCAGCCAGGUCGCCAGCGCCAGGCUCCCCGGCAGCGCGAGCACCCAGCACCCCGAGGGCCAUUCCGGCAAAGCCGAGCCCAGCCGGGCCAAGUCGCGCCUCCUGCCCAGCAUGCCCAAGCUGGUCAUCCCCUCCGCGGCCACCAAGUUCCCUCCCGAGAUCACCGUCACGCCACCCACCCCGACCCUGCUCUCGCCCAAGGGCAGUAUCUCGGAGGAGACCAAGCAGAAGCUGAAGUCGGCCAUCCUGUCUGCCCAGUCAGCCGCCAACGUGCGGAAGGAGAGCCUGUGCCAGCCGGCCCUGGAGGUGCUGGAGACGUCGAGCCAGGAGUCCUCACUCGAGAGCGAGACGGACGAGGACGACGACGACAUGGACAUCUGAGUGGGCGCACUGCCCGCCCGCCCGCCCGCCUCUUCCCCGGGGCCGUGCCCCCCUGCAUGGACGCAGCGGAGCCCAGCUCAGCCCAGGGCAGGGCAGCACCCGCUCCGCCCCGCGGGGCCCUGUCUAUGAAAUCUGACUCUGGCGUGGCCACCCCCGGCCCAGGUGGUCACUGGGGUGGGGGGGUGGUCACCCAGGGUCGGGCUCCCCCCUCUCCCUUUUUUGGUUUCUUUUCUAAUAAAGACGGAACAGUUGUC